AAGAAAAUGGCAAAUUGGAUAUUCGUGGCGAUCGCAAGCUGCUUGGUCAGUGGCCUACUGGCACAAACGGACUACUGCAAAACAACUUAUUGUAAGACAGGAGUACCGAACGUCGGUUGUAAUCCCCCUCCAGCAACCGGUGGUAGUAGCUGUGUUGGAAAAAGUCCUGCCGUGGUGGUAAUGGACUACCAGCUGCAGAGUUUUAUUCUUUCCGAGCACAACACACGUCGAUCAAAGUUUGCCCUUGGCCAGUUGAAGCCGUGCGCGUCCUGUACGCCAUUCCUGCCAGCGACUCGCAUGCCUACGAUUAAAUGGGAUACGGAACUUGCAAAGUUAGCCGACAAUAAUGCACGUAGCUGUGUCUAUGCUCGUGAUCGUUGUCGCAACACAGCUGUGUACGCGUGGGCCGGACAGAACAUUGCCGUAGUGAAGUUUACCGGACGGAUCCUAAGUACUUCCCACCUGAUAGUUGAUGCAAUGGAUGGCUGGUGGAAUGAAUAUAGUGUUACUAAGCAAUCUCAGCUUAAUAGCUAUCCUUCGAAUUACACCGGACCUGCGAUAGGAAAUUUCACCCAGAUGGUGAGUGAUCAAACCGCUAGGAUUGGAUGCGCUAUGCAGUACUGGUUGGAUGGACAGUGGAAAACGUACUACUUUGUCUGUAACUAUGCUGUAACGAAUGUGGCUGGUUCUGCAGUAUACAAGACUGGAAAAGUUGCUUCCGGUUGUACUUUCGGACGCAACCCGAUUGAAACACUGAGCGGACUGUGCGCACCGGCUGAAAACAUAAAGCCCGUUCCUAACUAA